AUGGCCCCCUCCCUGCUCCAAGCAUCCGCCGCAUCCUUCGUUUUCCUUGCUCUCGGACAUACGAUCAACGGCAAACAAUGGACAUCCGACCCCCGAUUCAAGGCUAUCGCAGGAACGAAGCCAUGGGCUAGUGGAACCGUAGGAUGGUAUCAAGGGAGUGCAUUCUUCUUAGUAACUGGUUUGCUGCAUUACCAAUGGUCUCGCGACCCUACGGCCCUCCAAGACCCGAUUAACAAGGCCAUUGCUGGUAUCGUUAAUGUCUUGCUUUGGUCUAGCUCGGCUUGGUAUGUUAAACAUGGUAUUAAGGAUAAUGCCUGGGCUGUGGGCUUGUCGGCUGUGUUGCAGGCUUGGGGGGUUGUUCAGGCUAUUCUGUGA